CAGUCUGGGGUUGUGAACGUCACUGGUGUCAACGGAAGUGAAGAAAGACAGUGUUCAUGUGUGUUUUAGAAAAAUGACGCGUUCAAAACGAACACAUUUUCUCAGUUAAUCUGGCCUCAUUGGUCUUUUAAAUGCGGCAGGUUUGUGCAUCUGCUGUCUGUACUGGAGAAACAGCAGCAGCAUUGAUAAAUGUCUAGCAGAUCAGCUGUUGUUACAAAACACAACAGCAUCUUAUAAUACUAAUAAAGAUGCACAGGAUGAGCCAUAAGUACAGCAAAUAAUCGGGUUGGCGGAAAUCUACCAGUAACAUCAUGAAUCUGAUCCGUCUUGUGUGUCGUCAUAAGACAGCCCUGGCAUUUGCUGUCCUUUUCCUGUUUGCCAUAGUCCUCCUCUUCCUCGCCAAAUGUACAUCCGAGACACUCAAGCCAGCUGAAUCCCCAGGGAUGGCACCACAAGCUGAGUCAGGACAGAAGCAGCCAGCAGAGUCUGCUCGUGUCAAAGAGCUCUCAGCAUUCCUGGUUGUUCUCAUCACCACGGGGCCAAAGUACACAGAGCGCCGAAGUAUUAUUCGGAGCACGUGGCUGACCAAGCAGGAUCCCGAAGUGCUCUAUUGGUUUGUCAUCGGCACAGAGGGGCUACCAGCUGAAGACCUUCAAAACCUCGGAACCGAGCAGGUCCGUCAUCACGACCUCCUCUUGCUCCCUGACCUCCGGGACUCGUACGAGAACCUCACGCAAAAGCUGCUCCAUAUGUACUCAUGGUUGGACCAGAAUGUGGACUUCAAAUUUGUGCUGAAGGCUGAUGACGACACUUUCGCUCGUUUGGAUCUCCUCAAGGAGGAACUGAAGAGCAAGGAGCCCAACCGCCUCUACUGGGGCUUCUUCUCCGGCCGUGGAAGAGUUAAAACGGCCGGGAAAUGGAAAGAAAGUGCCUGGGAAUUGUGUGACUACUACUUGCCCUAUGCUCUGGGUGGGGGCUACGUGCUUUCGUCUGACCUUGUGCACUACGUACGUCUCAAUGUAGGGUUUCUAAAGACGUGGCAGAGUGAAGAUGUGUCCUUAGGUGCAUGGCUGGCCCCCGUGGACGUGAAACGGCUUCACGAUCCACGCUUUGACACGGAGUACAAGUCACGCGGAUGCAGCAAUAAAUACCUGGUAACUCACAAGCAGAGUUUAGAGGACAUGUUGGAAAAGCAUCAAACGCUACAAAGAGACAGGCGUCUGUGCAAAGAGGAAGUCAAACUGAGGCUGUCCUAUAUUUACGACUGGAGCGUCCCGCCUUCUCAGUGUUGCCAACGCAAAGAUGGCAUUCCUUGACUUUUCUAGACCCGUGUUUUUCACCUUGCUAUUUAUUUAUUUAUUAUCAAUGUUGUGUGUGUUUAACUGUAAUAGCAUUUCUGAACCUUUUGAAAAGGCUAUUUUUUAACUCGGAAGAUAGUAUUACGGAAUUGGCAAGGUAGUGUUGUAAAAUGUUACAGAAAAGCUGCUAUUUUGGAAUUUUAAACUGCAAAUAAGGUGUUCUUAUUAGGUUGCCUAAUAAGGGGUUAACAAACUGGAUUUACAGGCAGCCUGGUUUUUACCAGUCUAUGACUGAUUAUGUGGUCUUUGCAACCAGAUAUUUCUGUGUAUACCUUCUGACUUUGAUAUUCACUGAUAGAUUUGUCCAUUUCAUCUUAUAUUUAUAAUCCAGUGAUGCUUAGACCUGUCUCUAUUGUAAUAAAUAUACAUGGUUGAGAAAUGUGAACCUGAAAUGGAGGGGCCAGACACCUCAAACAAGCAGUUAAUUUAUAGGAAAAGAAAAAAAAAAACUUGAAGAUAAAUGAUUCUGAUAAAUGAGUAUUCUGAUGAACCACAAACAAUGUUAUCCUUUAGGAUUGAAAGCCAGAGUUUGCAAGCUCACACAUUUGCCAUACAGUAACCAUGACUUGAGGACUUUGAUAAUGUAUACUUGUCCAUGAGGCUUUAUGACUGUAUUUCUGUUUUAUGUGUUCAGCUGUUGUAAAAUGAUGUACCUUGAAAAUAUUAUUAAAUGUUUCUUUUUUUGUUG